ACCAUAAUGCACCUGGGGGAGGACAUGGGUGACUGUUGGUGGUCGGAGAGAGCCCUGACGGAGCUCCUGGGCGAGCACCCUGGGGAACUGGUGCGCACAGGAAGCCCUAACUUCGUGUGCACUAUCCUGCCGCCACACUGGCGCUCCAACAAGACACUGCCCGUCGCCUUCAAGGUGAUCGCGCUCGGGGAGGUGGGAGACGGCACGUUGGUUACAGUGCGUGCCGGAAACGACGAAAACUUCUGCGCCGAGCUGCGAAACAACUCCGCUGUGAUGAAGAACCAGAUAGCGAAGUUCAACGAUCUUCGGUUCGUGGGCAGGUCAGGUCGAGGCAAGAGCUUCAACCUGACCAUCACCAUCAGCACGUCACCGCCCCAGGUCACCACCUACUGCAAGGCUAUCAAGGUCACGGUCGACGGCCCUCGGGAACCUCGCUCCAAAGCACAACUGACCCUCUCCCUCUGCCCCUCAGGCCAACAACAGUUCCGAGCCUUCGCCCUGGGCCAGCGGCCCUUCCUAGACACCCGCUUCAGCGACCACCUCCGGGAGCUCGAACUUAGACGGAAGAGCGACUCAAUACCUCCUAGUAUAGCCUUCAAAGUUCCUCAUACUGGCCCCGCGACACAAGAUCCUACACAGUCGAUGGGCCUGGGUACGGCAGACAGUCACUGGACCAGCUACAGCGGUACCCACUAUUCCUCCUACAUACCAGGUAGUCUCACGGGAGGCAACAGCUCGACGCUGCAGAGCGGCUUCUCCUCCACGCAGGGCCUCGGCUACAGCAGCGACAUCAGCCAGCAAGUCAACACGCUUGAGUCCAACUCCUCGCAUCUGUCGUCUGCUUCGUUCGCAGGUGUGAUAGAGAACUCCCCGAGCUCCGGCGGCGACUACGAGGGCCUGGGCUCCCUGCAGGCCCCGCACUCGCCGCCGCGCCACGACUACAUGCUGGCGCGCUACUCCUCGCCCGACCCCCGCCACCCCGCCACCGGCACCACCGACCCCCGCCAGGACCUGUCGUGCGCCCCCUACACGCCGCCCUCCACCUCCACCAACACGACAGCCACGCCCUCCAUAGCAGGGGGCCUCCUCGCCGGCACCUCCUCGUCCACGGGCGGCGCAGGGAGCGGCGUGUCGGCAGCAGCGGCGGCCGCGGCAGGGGCUGCAGGCGGCGGGACAGGAAGCUACCCCGGCUACCUGGGCAGCGGAUACUACACUGCCACCACGACGGCUCAAGGCUACCUCUCCCCGAGCGUGUCGCUGCUGUACCCUCACUUGUAUCCCCAGCAGGGGCAGCUGGCCCUCCUGGACCCGCGCCAGGCCACCACCGACCAGUACAGCGGGGCCACGGGCGCCGCCAACACCGGCGGCCAGCGCGACUACACGCGCCCCGACGGCUACCGCGACAUGUCCACGGCCGGAGCAACGACGCCCGGCGCCCACCAGAGCAUGAUGGCCGCCCACAUGACCCACGACGAGGGGCUUCACGCCGCCCACGCCCACGACCGCUACAUGAGCAACGGGACGCGCGCGGGCGGCCCCUCCCCGAACGACCCGUCCGUGUGGCGACCCUACUAGGGCGCCGCGCCGGACUCGCCUCGCACCGCCGCUCCAAACACAGCGUCCGUCGGGACGCUAUGGACUGGAGAGUCCGCAGCCUAAAGUUGAGAAAUCAGCAAAAUUAUAAUAUCGCUAUUUUUAUGCGUAAGCA